AUGACCGAGAAAUUCUCAUCGGAGAAUAUUUUGUUGGAAAUGAAACAAGCUUUUUUGAUUACUGUUCGUGGUCAGGUUGGAAAUGAACCAACAAUGUACCAUCCAACAGCAGACAACAAUCUAUUUUGGUCAUCAAAAAAUCUUUUGAUUCAGAUUCUCCCUUCACAUUAUCAAAAUGGACAUCUGAUAUUGCGAUGUACAGCAGAAGUGGGGACAUUUUAUGCUGAUUAUACCGAAGCAUUCUUGGAAACAACACGAAAGGAACCCAUUCCUGAGAGAGGAAGAGAGGAAAAAGUUGAAACAAAAAAAAGAGAAGAAGCGACUUGGGGAUUGUUCUUUGAUGAUAAAGAAAGACAAUGGCGCAUUUGUGGAAUUAUUUUCUUUUUGAAUGAAUCCGAUGUGCUUGGAUAG